CAUGCAUCAUAUCUCUCUAUAUCUCCACUCCUUGGGAGAGAGAAAUGGCUUUCACGAUAUCCAGAUCUCAAUCAGCUUUGACAGAGGGAGAGAAGGAGAAUGUUGAUAAGUUAGGGUACAAUAAGGAGUGUGGAGCGGGAAAAGAGAGUAUGAUAUCGAGCCAACUCCAGUUGAAGUCUUCGUUGUCAUCUUCUCAAAGCUUGGACAAACAUGCUGUGCUCAGACGCAUUCGGCAACGUAGAUCUUACAACAGAGCCAAAAGCGCUUUGAAAGCUCUCAUGGGACCCUCCGAAGCCACUUCCCAAGAACACAAGUGGCUUCAGCUCGGUGACUCUUUCUCUUCUCCUUAACAACUGCUAAAACACAAUCAAAAUCACCUCAUGAUGCUAUAGGGUUGGUACGUAAAUAUAUAUAUAAAUAUAGUAAUGAGAUCAAUAUUCUCUAAGACUAUUCUGAUCGAAGAAUAAGACCAGCUACAACGUAAUUAAGUUGUGUUAUAUAAAUACAAGCCUACGUACGUAUAUCACUGUUAUGCUAUUCGAAUGUCAUGAUGUCAAAGGCAUGCACGUUCGGUUGUUAUAUAUUAAUAUUACUACUUUGUAAGGUGGUUAGCAAUCCUUGGAAACCUUUUUACUACUACUAUUGGUUUCAUCCAGACAAUUACUUUCUAUUUGGGUCAA